AGCAACCUCGAUCCCGAGGCUGGCUUCUCCAACAACAACAACUUCAAGCGAAAGAAGUCGCUGGUGAGACCUGACCGAGAGCGUAUGGACCCAAACCAUAGGCAAUGGUACUAUCGGAACCAUGCUGCCCAAUUGGACAUGGUCGACGCCUCCGGCAGGCCCUCACACCACAUCGGCUACAUGCCCUCAACGACUGGUCAUCUUCCUCAGCAUGGUGCUGCCUUUCCAGGCUAUGGCAUCAAUCACAUGCAAGGACCAGGAGGCGGUAUCAGCGGCCUAGGUAUGGUGCAACCUGCAGACGCAGGAAGGCCAAACAACAUGCCACCCGGAGGUCUGGGCAGGGCACCGCCUCCUGGAGCGCCUGGUUUGAGGCGAGGCAAGUCGAUACUGGGUCGGGAGGAGGAUCAGGUCGAGACCGGUAUCAACUUCUUGAAACGUGGUGUUUCGCUUAAGCGGACAAAGUCCCAAGCUAGUGGUCAUCGCAAAGAGUUGCCGCGUGAUUGGGCAGCGGCAGGGCAGGAGAAGCCCAGCCGGAUGGCCAACAUUGCACCGGGUCCUGUGGGACCGUGGAUGAUCUACUGCUACGCCCUCACCAUCUGCUGCGUCGGUCCUUGUCUGGGCAUCUUCGGCAUCAAGACACCCGAGCAGCAGAGAGCUUGGAGAGAAAAGAUUGGUCUCUUGUCGAUCAUCGUCACCGCCAUGGCCGGUGUUGGUUUCAUCACCUUUGGAUUCACCCAGGCGGUUUGUGACACUGCACAGACACGGUACGAGGUCACCAACAUCGACAAUGGAUCCAUGGUCUUCUACGGGUAUGAUUACGACUUGAACAACUUCUACCAUCCCCAAGUAGGCUCCUUUGCCGCUGGAACCGAGUGGCAGCAGCUCAACCCGGUCUACUCUGAACCUUUCUCAUCGGGGAAACAGGAUGGAUCUCUUAUUGCUCAAAGGACCGGUGGCGCAUGUACUGGCCUGAUCCUGAACAGUGGAGACAAGUCUGAGGCUACUCAGUACUUUCCAUGUCAGAUGACCUAUCUCAAUGGUACCAGGGCCUACCGCAAUGCGACCAUGUGUCACAGUGCUGAUUCUGCCAACAAGAUUCUCCUUGGACAAGCAGGUUUCCCUCUGGGCGGUCCGGUCUACUAUACCUGGGAGCAGGUCGAAGACAAGACUCGUAACUUCCUCGUGUGGAAGGGAGCCGUCAUUGAUGCCGGUCGUCUGGCUCUUCUAUACACCAACAAUCUCACCUACCCUGCCCUCUUUGACACACUCAAGACACGGUCGGAACAGUGGUCCGGUCGAGACGUCACAGCUGCUGUCUUCCGCUCUCAGCAAGACACCGUCUUUGACUGUCUGGACCAGAUUGCUCGGGUUGGCUUCGUCGAUUCUGAGUCGAUUGGUUGUGUCGCUUCACAGGUCGAACUCUACGUUGCCCUCGUCGUCAUUCUGGGUGUCGUCGGUAUCAAGUUCAUCAUGGCCGUCAUCUUUGGUUGGUUCUUGAGCUGGAGGUUAGGCAAUUACGGCAAUGAGUCUCGUGCUCAAAGGAAGAAGCGUGCAGCCGAGAUCGAAGACUGGUCCGACAACAUCUACAGGCCUGCUCCAGCUGCAUACAGGCCUAACGUCAGGAAGCACCGCUCAUUCCUACCCAAGACCUCGCGUUUCUCCACGGCUGCACCUCUGAAGAAUCUGCCGCCCCGAGCUGCCUAUUCCGAGAAGGGUGGCAAUGGAAGCAGCGGCGCUCGCUCGCCUGCCCCUCGAGGUGGUAGGGUCGGCGUUGGUUCGCCAGUGGGAGGGUCACCUCCAGGCUCGCCUUCACUCCGCGGUGUUCGCUCCAGUACCUCACUCGUCAACACUGUCAACAAUGCCGACCGAAUGAUGCCGUCCUUCAGUCAUGGAUCAAGACGUAGCUCAAUGUCGCACGACCCCAUGAUUGGCGCAAUGGGAGCCUGCCCAUGGCCCCUCGACAAUGUCGUUCCUCAGCCUCCCUCGGACUACAUGCCGUACCACUUCCCCCUGGCCUACAGCUUGUGUCUGGUUACUGCCUAUUCGGAGUCGUUCGAGGGUCUUCGUACUACCCUCGACUCGCUAGCCACUACCGACUACCCUAACUCUCACAAGGUGAUCUUGGUGAUUGCUGACGGUAUCGUCAAGGGAGCCGGCUCGGAGCUCAGUACCCCCGACAUCUGUUUGAGCAUGAUGAAGGACUUUAUUACGCCGCCGGAGGAGGUUGAAGGCAAUUCGUACGUUGCCAUCGCCGAUGGUUACAAGCGCCACAAUAUGGCCAAGGUCUACGCCGGAUUUUACGAGUACGAUGACGAGACUGUCGAGCGAUCGAAGCAGCAAAGGAUCCCGAUGGUCCUCGUUGCGAAGUGUGGUUCUCCACUCGAGGCCGACGGCGCCAAGCCCGGUAACCGAGGUAAGCGUGAUUCCCAAGUCCUACUCAUGGCUUUCUUGCAGAAGGUCAUGUUCGACGAAAGGAUGACUGCCUUCGAGUACGACUUCUUCAAUGCCCUUUGGAGAGUUACUGGAGUGUCUCCCGAUCACUACGAGAUUAUCUUGAUGGUUGACGCAGACACAAAGGUCUUCCCCGACUCCCUCACCCGCAUGGUUGCCUGCAUGGUUGAAGAUCCCGAGAUCAUGGGUCUGUGUGGAGAGACCAAGAUCGCCAACAAGAGUGAGACAUGGGUGACCAUGAUUCAGGUCUUCGAGUACUACAUCUCUCACCACCAGACCAAGGCAUUCGAGGCCUGCUUCGGUGGUGUCACCUGUCUUCCCGGAUGUUUCUCCGCUUACCGUAUCAAGGCUCCUAAAGGUGCUGCCGGCUACUGGGUCCCCAUCUUGGCUAACCCAGACAUUGUCGAGCACUACUCGGAGAACGUCGUUGACACACUACACAAGAAGAAUCUGCUCCUUCUCGGUGAAGAUCGUUUCCUGACAACGCUCAUGCUCAAGACCUUCCCCAAGAGGAAGAUGAUGUUCGUGCCCCAAGCCGUUUGCAAGACAGUCGUGCCCGAUACCUUCCGAGUCCUGCUAUCUCAGCGUCGACGAUGGAUCAACUCGACAGUCCACAAUUUGGCCGAGCUGGUCAUGGUCAAUGAUCUCUGCGGUACCUUCUGCUUCUCGAUGAGGUUUGUCGUCUUUAUGGAACUGUCUGGUACCCUAGUCCUACCCGCUGCCAUCGCUUUCACUCUCUACGUCGUAGUCUCAGCCGUUGUCGACGGUAUCCAGGGCAAGCCUAUCCAGUCGAUUCCUCUGAUUCUGCUUGCCCUCAUCUUGGGUCUUCCUGGUAUCUUGAUUAUCGUCACUUCCCGCAAGAUCGCCUACGUCGGAUGGAUGGGUGUCUACUUGAUCUCCCUCCCCAUCUGGAACUUCGUUCUACCGGCGUACGCCUUUUGGCACAUGGACGACUUCUCUUGGGGUGCAACCCGUAUUGUUCAAGGUGAUGCAAAGGGCGACCAUGGCGAUGCCGAGGGCAAAUUCGACCCUUCCAACAUUGUCAUGAAGAGGUGGGUCGAAUUCGAACGUGACCGACGCCUUGCCGCUGGUAUCCAAAGCCGAGACUCGACCUACGAUGUCCUGCACAUCGGUUCUCCGGACAGGCAGGCCGGUUCCUCCAGGUACAGCUUCGUUUCGAGCUCAGUGACUGGGCACAGUGAAGGAGGUCCCAAUGGCGGUCAGACUGAGCGCUUGUUGAGCUCGCUUGGCUCUCACUCUGCUGCAAUGGAGUCUGAGAGUGGUCACGGCAGGGUCGUCUCUGGCGGCAUUCCCGGCGCUCGAGCUCGCAUGGACGCUGUCCCAUUGCUAUCGCUUCCUGCGCCGCUCGGUGACCCAGGAGGAGCCAACAAGGGUAUUCCUGCUGCUCAAGGCUCCGUCUUUGUCACACGAUCGACAAGAGAUACAAGCCCGACGCCGCUAUCCAACCGACAGCAGUACGAACUCUUCUCCAAUGUGAUGGACGAGGAACACCAGCCUAUGAUGGCUCAUGGUGCGAAUGGUUCCAACCGCUCUUCGCCAGACCAAGACCAGCGUCGACCGAUGCACGAGAUCAACAGGGCAGACAUUGCAGCGCAUUUGAACUCGGAUUCUGAACAUCGCUCCUCGUAUGGCGCUCCGCCUAUGCCGCCCUCUUUGUCCGGCCACGGAGCAUCAAGACCGCGAGAGAAUGCUCCUCGGGAGCUGACAGCGCCGUCCCAAGACGCUUUCGUCUCCUCGCCCUCUUCGUACGCCCCUUCGUCGCAGUCAUCACAUCAACGCGGCUUCUCACUGGUUGACGAUGGACCGACGGGCGCGGCACCGAGGGUUGUACAGAGGGGAGCCAGGAGGACAAGCACGGCUGACAAUGGAGGGCCAGGUGGACCCACCAGCGCAUCUGGA